AUGGCUCGGGUGUAUCAGAAAUGGAAAGGAGACAAUAAGUUCUUCCUGUGGGGGCUGUGCGUGUUCGGGCCGGACGUGCGCUCGCUGCUCGUGUCCGUCUGCCUCAUCACCAUCCCCGGCGCGCUCUUCUGCGUCUUCGUCGCGUACCAGCUCAUCGACAAGAUGUGGGGCGGCAUCGCCGUGCUGCCCGCCGCUAUCUCGCUCAUCACAUGGGACCUGUACAUUCUGCUCUUCACGGCCUGUCGCGACCCUGGCAUCGUCCCGCGUAACCCCACAGCGCCAGCGGGGAAGGUUCCGCGCAGCCGCGAGGUGGUGGUGAACGGAGUGGCGGUAAAGGUGAAGUGGUGCGACUCGUGCCUGCUGUACCGCCCGCCGCGCUGCUCGCACUGCUCCAUCUGCGACAACUGCAUUGAUCGAUUCGACCACCACUGCCCCUGGGUGGGCCAGUGCAUCGGCCGGCGCAACUACCGCUUCUUCUUCACAUUCAUCCUCUCCACCACAGUGCUCUGCAUAUUCGUCUUCGCCUUCUCGGCAUACCUCAUCAACCAGCUCAUGUUCAACGCUCACGACCCUGCAGCCGGCACGCAGACCGUGUGGCAGGCCAUGGGGCACGCGCCUGUGGCCGUGGUGCUCAUGGGUUUCACCUUCCUGGCGGUCUGGUUCGUGGGGGGGCUGUCAGGCUUCCACACCUACCUCAUGUGCCGCAACCAGACCACGUAUGAGAACUUCCGGUGGCGCUACGACAAGAAGCCCAACCCGUACAGCCGCGGCUGCUUCAACAACGUUGGCGAAGCCCUCUGCUCCGAGAUCCCCCCCUCCCGAACCAACUUCCGAGCCAAGGCUGCCGAAGCAGAGUUCGCCAUCUCCGAGCCGCAUCUCACGGAGCCCGACCCUCCACCUGGCUCGUUAUCAGCCUCGGUGGACCCGAAGCGCACUCGAAACUUGCUGCCAGGCUCGGGAGGAUCGAAAGGUUCGCGAGGCUCGAAGGGGUCUUCGUUUGGGGGGUGUUCGCCCGGUCAGCAGCAGGUGUACGACGUUUCUGAAGAGAUGUCACUGCGGGGAGGGCGGGCAGGAGGGGUGGAUGAGGAUGAUGAGGAGGAUGAGGAGGAGUUUGAGUCGAUGGAAGAAGGGAGGUUGAUGGGGAAAGGAGGGAGGGAGUACGAGAAAGGGAAGGGACGAGUGGAAGACACGGACGAGGAGGAGGAGGAGGAGGAUGGGGAGGAGGAUGAUGAUGAUGAAGAUGAAUACGACGAGGAUGAUGAUGAUGAUGAAAAUGAUGAUGAUGGUGACGGUGAUGAUGAUUAUGAUGAUGAUGACGAUGAUGACGAGGAGGUUCAGACAGCUCUGCCGCUGCCACCUGGCAGGCAGCCAUUGGUUGCACAAGUGUGGAGGGAGGGAGUGCAGGGACGGCAGAGGCAUGCUUGCGUGGAGCAUGCAGGAGUCCACUGGUGGGCUCAUGGGAAAGCCGGACCAGAAGGUGGAUGGGGAGCAGCAAGUGAGAUGGAUGCAGAGGCAGUGCUGGUCAAGGUGCUACCGUGCUACUUCCUCUCCCAUCCGUGGCUCCAGUUACGGUGCUAA